CUCUGGUUAGAAAUCUUCGUCAAUCCGAGCCGAGAACGAUAACCACAAUCAAAGCCAGUAGCACUUUCUGAUAACUUCCCAAUCAUCGCUAAAUCGCCAAUAAUUGGCCCAAUCGCUGCGUCUGUACGGAUUACAUUGUCCGUCAGUAUCACACCAGCAAUGAUCCGUGCUAGACUAUAGGACCACUUAAUCCACGAGGUUUUCCCUGAUUUCCUGAUUCGAUAUGUAUCGCGCAACUUUGAUGACCUUUGUCUGCCUGUUGGCUGUCCAACUUGGUUCAGCGGAGGAAAACCUGCUAACCAGUUACACCAUCAUGCACGGAUACGUCUUCCCUGCCAGCGUUACAGCCGCCGUCGGUGAAAGUGUCCACCUCAAGGUGCUUCUCUCGAUGAACGAGGAGGAUCGUUGUCUCUAUCGGGAACCAGGUUCCACCGAAGAUAUCGAUGUGCACGGUUCAACCCGACGACGACGACGCACCACCGUCGUUCCGACGACGAAUUCGUCGUCCUCAACGAAGCAGCAAUUCUCCUCCGACAGUCGAAGCGUGGAUCCGAACGAGUGUGGCAUCAAAGUGCUCAACAUCAACCACGAGGACGCGGGCUUCUGGCGGUUAACGCUGGCCCGCGGAACCACCCUAAUCCGAGGCGUGACCCUGGUCAACGUGAUCGACGUGCCGACGGUGCCCAAUCCCAGCGAUCGGGACUCGAUUACGGGCCUGGAGGAGGUGACCCCGACGGGGACGGACUACUGUUACGUGCUGCGGGACACCGAGACCCAGGGCAGGGACGUUCCGAUGUACGAGCAGUGCUCGCUGAAGGUUACGUCGAUGGACCCGACGGGCAAUGGGCAGUGGAACGUGAUUGCCGGCGUGAGGGGUUACAUGAGGGAGAUGCAGUUUGCGAUUAAUAUCGAGCAUAGAGAGGAGCAAAUCGUAACCUCGAUCCACCGCGGCGCCGACUUCCAGGUGCUGGUGUGCCAACUGCGCUACAGCCGGCAAACGAUCCGGUUCUGCCGGUUCCUUCGCCUGUCCGACCAGCUGGGCCUCAACAUGCUCGAGGGCGUUGGAUGGGGCCGGUACCGCUACUAUGGCAAUGGGUUCGAAACCGGCGACUGCGGGCUGGAGAUCGACGACCCGGACGGGGUGGACCGGGGGUUGUGGAAGUGCGUGGUGGGGUACGGGGACGAGCAGAUCAUGAAGGUAUCGGGGGCAAUUUUGGACGGCGGGGAGGAGGAGACGCCGUUGGCGAUUUUGCGGGUGGAGGAUGUGAAUGGGUUGAACGGGACGGAGGUGAAGCUGCAGUGUAACGCGAACAAGCCGUUGGACUAUUGCUGGUUUAAGGAUCCGCGGGGGAUGAUCUAUUCGGUGUCGGAGGUUUUGAUGGAGGACGAGGAGGGGAGUUAUUGGUACGACGGGAUUUCGCUGGCGAUGGGCGAUUGCGGGAUUCGGUUGAAGCCGGUGACGGAGGAGAUGGCUGGGCGGUGGAGUUGCCACGUGGGCAGUAGCAGGGUGUCGGCGUUGGAGGUUUCUUCGUACGUUAAUGUUAGGGUUAGUACGUCGCAGAUUAUUGGGUCUGUGGAUACGGUUCGUACGAGUUUGGAGGCCGCUAUGCUGCUGGAAUGUGCUUCAAUUCCCAAGAAUACACCUCUUCAGUAUUGUCGGUUCAUCACGCCGAGCGGGCAGGCGUUCAGCUUGGACGAAUCGGUCACUUCGGAGAACGCAAUUCUGGGGAAUUACUACUCGAAUCCCAACCACAAUCCGAAGAAGGGAUUCUGCUCGUUGGUGGUUCGAAGUGUCAGUAGCGCUGACAUUGGCCAGUGGAUCUGUGCCGGAAAGAUUGCCGGUCACACGAUGGAGCAGUACGCCGCGAUCGAGGUUAGUACGGAAAGUGCGGGGAAUCCGGCGGAUCUUUCAACGGCUUCCAUCGUCGGAAUGGCGCUUGGAGGUGCGGUUAUUUUGGUGGGAGCCGUUGGGCUGGGAUAUUACAACUAUUGGCGCCGCGUACGGAAGCAAGUGAUUGCGGUGAACCACGAGAUCGAGCUUCAGGAACGGGCUCAACAACGUUUCAGCAUUGCCAGUGGAACCAGCAGUAGUAGCAAGGGCAGUGAUAACCAAUUACGGACCGCGUAAAGCACACUUCCUUAUUUGAGAUGUAUAUUGAUGGGUCUUCCUUGAAUAGUGUUUGUAGAUAAUGUGAAAAUGAACUUACUUACAGUUUGAUACUGUCCUUCCGCAUCUGAAUGUUCCGGAACAGACACAGGUCCGACA